CCGAGUGAUCAUACGAGGGGAAUUUAGCAAGCGUGACUGAACACACACUAUCACACAGGAUGAAAAGGACCACAGGUUGAAGAAUUCUUAUCCUGAAGCCCAAGAAACUGCUGCAAUCAUUUUAUUUAUAUAAGCAGUGACAAGGUUAUAAUACAUACAUAAAAUGGCAGGUACCAGCCAUUCUGAUAGUGGAGAUGUGUGCUCCAUAACCGAGAGCCCGAUUAUUGUACAACCUAAAUCUAUAGACAGUCCAGAUAUAAAUCAUAUCACACUAGACAGUGACUUUUCUGACGGAGAAGACGAUCUUACUCUAUCUCGGAAGGCCGCAUCGCAGAAGUCAGAGUCAGGGAAACUCUUAUUUUCCAAGAGAUUUAGAAGAAUAAGAGGACAUAAUGAUGAAGAAGAAGAUGAGGAAGAUCUGAAAGUGUCUCGUCAUUCCAGAAUGGAAGAUUUUCUGUCAGGGACGUGUAAAGCUGCAGAACAAGCGGAGGAGUUUGUCAAAAAAGUGUGGGCGGCGGGCUGGAGGGUCGUCCACCAUCACUCUCUCCCAGACUGGCUCCAGGACAACGACUUCCUUCACACGGGACACCGUCCUCCCACCAACUCAUUUCUUGUUUGUUUCAAAUCUAUAUUUAGAAUACACACAGAAACUGGAAACAUUUGGACACAUCUGUUAGGAAUGAUAGCUUUUAUUGGAAUAGCGAGUUACUUUCUAUCACGGCCAACAGUAGAAGUACAGUGGCAGGAAAAGGCUGUUUUUUCGGCAUUUUUUGCAGGAGCAAUUCUUUGUUUAGGAUUCUCAUGGAUUUUCCACACAGUGUUUUGUCACAGUGAGCGAAUUGGAAAACUUUUCAACAAGUUGGACUAUUGUGGCAUAGCUCUCCUGACUAUGGGCUCCUUUGUUCCAUGGCUAUAUUACAGUUUUUACUGUCGUCUAGGACCCAAGAUUGCCUACCUUGUACUAAUAUUUGUCCUUGGUACCUGCUGUAUUGUGGUUUCUCUGUGGGAUAAAUUUGCAGAACCAGAAUUCAGGGGAAUUAGGGCAGGUGUAUUUAUUGCCCUUGGACUAAGUGGUGUGGUUCCAGCCAUGCAUUACGUUAUUAUAGAGGGGUUUUAUCAUGCUAUCAACUUUGCGGCCUUAGGAUGGUUAUGUCUGAUGGCACUGCUGUAUAUUGUUGGAGCUCUGAUAUACGCCUUCAGAAUUCCUGAGAGAAUUUUCCCGGGGAAAUUUGAUAUUUGGUUUCAGAGUCACCAGAUCUUUCAUAUGUUCGUGUUGGCGGCUGCACUGGUCCAUUUUCAUGGCAUUUCCAAGAUUGCUAAUUACAGGCUAACGCUAGGGGAGUGUCUAGAUAGUGAAUUAAUAGAAUCAUAAGCUCCUAGUUAAAAGCAGAACUCCUUCACAGUGGUUUUGUUUUUGUCUUGUCCUUGAAUAUGAUUGGUGUGAUAAUUAUAUGAAAAUGUAAUUUUAGAAAGUCAUAAACACAUUUACAAAUUGAACGUUAGUUAUUUGUUGUAUUUGACAUACACGUAUAACAAAUUUGCAAUGAUAUAAAUUGUCAAACCAAUAUAAAAUUUUUGUAUUUAAAGACUAUUUCAGAAAUGCAUGUGCUUUACUUUCUACAUGGUGAAUAUAUUAUUAAUA